AUGCUUCUCGUCGGCCUGACGGGUGGUAUUGCAACUGGAAAGUCAACGAUAUCAGAUAUAAUUAGGGAGAAUGGGUAUCCUGUUAUCGACGCUGAUGCGAUUUCGAGAAACGUUGUUGACUAUGAUAGAGCAGUCCAACGUAGUAUCUUAAAAUCCUUUGGAUCCGCAGUGUUUAAUGAGGAUGGAACGCGAGUGGAAAGAGACAAAUUGGGCGAGAUCAUUUUUGCAGAUCCUCAGAAAAAGAAGAUUCUAAAUGCGAUUGUUCACCCAGUUGUUAUCAGACGCAUUGCCGCCCAAAUACUCUGGAAUGUCAUGUCAGGCCAUGUUUGCGUCGUUUUGGAUAUACCCCUACUCUUUGAAACUGGCUCGAUAAUUUGGUUAAUGUCCGAAGUUGUUGUUGUCAAGUGUUCCGCUGAAACUCAGUUAUCACGUCUGCUAAUGCGAAAUCCCGACUUGUCGAGAGAGGCGGCGCUCAGACGUAUACACGCCCAGAUGCCAAUGGAAACCAAAGUCUCCGGUGCCACCUUCGUAAUUGACAACGAAGCUGAUGGCGAUUUUGAGGGUCUGCGGGCACAAGUGGACGCGUUUUUGGUACGGUUGCAGGCAAAAGCCUCCCGGCGUGUACGCUGCGUCGGCAUCUCCUGUGCGUUUCUGGCAGUUGGACUUGCGGCAGUAACUGAACUCACUGAAUCAGAAUUGUUGGAACUCCGAAAAUCUGACGCCUGGCUUCCCUCCGAGGCCACGCGCCGAUGCCUCGUGGAGGGGAUCCCUGGCCCAGAGACGCUUCCGUGCCUCCAAGCCAGCGACGUUGCCAUGGGCGCGGCGCUUGGACCAAACAAUGCACAAGACCCAAUCAGAUCGCUGCUUGCGCGUUGCUACAACUCCGAGUCGAAGGCGGACAACCAGCGACUCGUCAUUACGGCUGAUAUGGUCUCGCAGGAUCUAGACGGUCUGAUGCAACUGCUCAAGGAGCAUUGGUAUCACGCUGCCCUGGUUCUCACCCACCGCCUUCUCACAUCCUAUGGCCAUGGAUUCGAUAAAGUGGGUCAGACCAGUGCCCGGCUCACGCCUUUAACGGCGCAGCUAUGGCUCCUGAGGCUUUCACUUCUCAAGCGAACCCAGCAGUAUGCGCUGAUGAACCAAGAAUUGGAGGCGUUUGGCACGCUUGAUUACCCGGACGUCUACUACGAACACGCACCCCACCUCUACCCUGGCCGUAAAGGUCCUGUUCAUUUUACCCCCUGCUAUUUGUACAUCAGUAGUAUUUAUUUUGAACCACCAGUUGCCAUUUCACCCACAGGCUCGAUGGUGCCCUUCGCCCUGCGACUUCUCUACGCCGAGGCGCCGCGUUUCAUUGAGCGUCAAUCUGAGGCUCUGGAUCGGCUCUACUUCCUGGCCGCCGUCGUAGCCCGUUUAAUCAGCAACUUGGAAAACGGCUACACAGAAGACGGCAGCGUUGUCUGUCCAAACGAAAAUUACCAAAAAACCUCUCUGGUUUUGUGGCGGCAUCGCGAGUGUCGCAUCUACUCGUGUUGCCUCUCCAUCUACCUCGUCGCGAAUGACUACCCCUCGGCAAUUGAGACCGUCUACCGCAUGAUAAGUCGACUUGAGCCCUUCGGCGAGCAUCACUUCCUCUACGGCGUGCUUGGACGAAUUUACCUGAAGUUUGGUGACCUCGAGUCAGCCGAAAGGAUGUUCGAAAAAGCCCUAGAAGGCUCUCCGGCCGACGCACCCUCAACCAGAUCGCAGCGAUCGAUGUACAGGUACGUCGUUUCUGCGUUCACGUGGUCUUGUCUCACGAUCUCCUCCCAAGUUUUAAUCACACGCCUUUGUCGUUACGCCAGCGCCAUGCUCUUGAUCGCCGAUGGUCGUUUCAACGAGGCGAAGAGGCUCUUUCGUGAAGUCUUCGAUUCGGACCCCUCCAACGUCGCUGCUGCCAACAACUUGGCGGUGUGCUCCCUUUACCUGGGCCAACUCGAGGAGGGCAUAUCCCUGCUGGAGUUGCUGACGACACCGAAGCCCCCAGUGUUGGGCAGCCCUCAGCCUACGCCUCCUCUCCUCCCGCUGCACGACUCCAUCGUCUCGAAUCUGGCGGUGCUCUACGAAGUGGAAUCGGACAGGGCCGCGUCGCGGAAGCUGCACCUCCUCGAGCGACUGGCCUCGGUGCCCGGCGAGAGGCUUCACGCGAGGGCAUUCAAGCUGCCCCUGACCUAG